CCUUGAGCUUUCAAACGUUUUGCUCUUAAUUCGCAAAGAAGAGUUGUUAAGAGUUAUUAUUGGAACAGAAUAUUAGUCUAACACACUAAAGUGAGUUUAUCAUGAGGAAAUGGGUCGAGUUCCUUUGUUUUUACAACGAAAAGAUUUCAAGGAAAUUAACAUCACAAAACAAAGUAAGUGUCCAAACAAAAUGUCAUCUGAAAGUAGGAUGUUGCCAUUUCAUUGCGUCAGCAUGAUAUUAUCUCUGUGACUGAAAAACGCGAUCACGUUCUAUAUCAAACUCUUAAUUUUGCUCUGAUCCAAGGUGAAAUAGUCUUCUACAUUCUAAAGCAAGCGAAAACUCAGCUAAUGAAAAUGGAUGGAGCUGGAAGGAUUUGGCUGCUGUUUGCUACACUAAUUGUCCCUCUGCUUUCCUUGGAGUAUUGUCCAGCGGUUUCAAACUUUGGGCUUCAAUGGCCACGAAUCGCCCGAGGAGAAAAUAUCACCAAUGAUUGCUCGGCAAUAAAUUCUUCCUGGACAGGUAAACUUACCGCCAGAUGUAUGAAAAAUGCAGCUGGAAAUGUUACAUGGAAUUAUCUACAGGGUUGUGGAUGUGAGCUACAGACAGUUCUUCUACACUACCAAACGCAGGCAUCCCAAGUCAACAUGGCUAACUUUCUGGAGAUCGUCAAAAAGCUUGAAAAUGCUUACAAAGACUUCAUCAAUCAGAAAAUAUAUUUGGCUCUUCUGUCGACGGUAAAGAAUUCCAUGUGCAAGAGAAGGCCAUUGCGUAAAAGCGCGGAAUGGGAUAAAAUACAGAAAUAUUGUCAGAUGCGUCCAGACGAUUUUUGGGGAAGGAUCCUUUCUGAUCACUUUAAAAAGCAAUUUUGCCAGAAAAUUGCAACGGCAACAUCGAAUCUACAUACUGGUUUAGUUAUAACAUCUUAUGAGGGAUCACGACCUAAACCAAACGCUGAAGGGGAGGCAAACGUGGAGCUUGACGAAUCUUCUUCUCAAGACAACAGGACACAAAUGGUGAAUGACACUCUAGCAAGUGUGACUUCUGGUGGCUGCACAGUGACCAGUUAUUACAUGGUUAACGGGACACUCGUGAUAAAAGCCAAACCAACUUUGACAACGACGGAUAAACACAGGACGAUAAAAGAACGUCUUGAGAUGGUUUUGAUCUCUAUUUCACUUGUGGCGAUAAUCUGUUCAUUGACAAUACUUUCAUGUUUAAGGAUACAGUCAGCGCAGAAUUCUGAAAAGCUGUUUGUACACAAAAGCCUUCUCAUCUCUUGGGCUCUUGGAUACGCAGUUUACAUUGCGGAUGUGAUAGCUUUCAACAACAGGAAAGAAUGGAUAGCUGCCUGCACAGCGAUUGCCGUUGUGCGCCAUUUCUUUCAAACAGCAGUCUUCACAUGGAUGUUAGUGGAGGCAGUGAAUCUCUUCAUAAAGCUGGUUAAAGUGAUAUCAGCCAAGACCUUUUAUAUGACGUACCUUGCCAUUGGAUGGGGCAUCCCAGCUCUGAUUGUCGGUAUAACGGCAGCUGCAAGAACCAAAACAUACGACAUGAGCCAAGACAUGAUUGAGGACAUCUGGUGUGGAUCAAUUAAAUUCGCUGCAAAAGUGGAGAGAACCAGUUGCUGGUUGAACGGCAGUAAGUGGCUCUAUACAGGACCGGUCUUUGCAAUUCUUCUGGUCAAUCUAGUUUUCUUUGUUAUACUGCUUAAAGUUGUGUUUGGAAAAGUGGCCACUAAAUACAGCAAUGACCAGAUGAUGAAAACAAGGAAAGGACUAAAGAGUGUGGCCGCCUUGCUUCCUUUAUUGGGUGUCACAUGGUUAUUUGGGUUGAUCAUAGAGUUUCAUGAGGUAUUGGCCUACAUCUUUAUUUUGUUGACGUCAACUCAGGGAAUUGUUUUCUGCAUCUUCCACUGCAUACUGGAUGAGCAGGUGCGACGAACAAUAAGCCGCAAAGUUAACACGACAAUCUUUAUACACAAGAAUGUUUCUCCAGGCAGACGAGGAAACGAUUACACAAUAACCAGACCCGCCAAAAUAGAGAUGGUCAAGAAACGGAAGCUAAAUGAAACAAUGGACAUUUAAAGAAAUAACAUAGGUUAAAAUGAUAGUAUGUAACUCUUUUGCUAUAAAGCGUCUUAACUCACCUGGUCAGAAACCGAGAAAAUUCGCUGGAACGAAAGAAAGUGUUUUCAUAAGACAUAAUUUAUAGUCCAUAGGAUUGGUUCCGGACACCAACAAAAUGGCCACCGUUUCGUUGUUUUGGAACACCAACAUGGCUGCCGUGACGUCAUGUGUAAACCCUAUUUUAUCAUCAACCUUCAAUCGAGGACUUAAAGAAAUUGUUUGUUGAUUAUCCCUAUUGACCGAAACCUAUGCGAUUUUAAAUGAAGCAACCUGAUUGAAACCUCGUUUUUCUUAAACCAAAUUGAUCAAUUACAAUGACACGGGACAACGUGAUAUACAUGAAAAGACAAAUUUUCUGUAAGUAACGUAUAUAUAGAUUACUUCAUAGAAAGUGAGACGUACGGAUUUGUAUUCACGAGUUCCAAAGUUUUUCAACGAGUGAAUAAAAAUCCGUACAAAGCACUUUCUAUGUUGUAAUUUGUCUAUUGUAUAUAUAACGAGAAUUAAACAUAUCCGUUAAAUCAGUUUUAGUUUUCCCGGUAGCACAAGUUUACACGCAGAACAAGAACAAAUUGAAAACUGAUCUAAAUGACCGAGCAUAAUAAAAAUCAAAUCUGUUUUCCAGUCCAGCAACAGGCGGACAAAGAGAGUACACAAGCUUAAAUAUAAUACGGGAGAAUUCGUAAAUA